UCGCCUACGGCCGCUGUUGCAGGAGCAGGCGAAUUUGAGACAACGCACAGCGAGGAUUUCUUCACUACGGAAGUGGAAAGCCCGAUGGGGGAGGAAGAACAAUCCGCGCCGGAGGAGGGAGCAAACUCAACAACCCUGCAGUCAAGGGAGACCACUGGAGAUGGGGAUGCGCAGCCAGUACAAGAGAGCAUGGCGUCUCUGGCUGGAAGUGAGGGAUUGCUGCCCAAACAAAGCGAGGCCCCUGUUCCAGAAAAUAACCACUCCGAAUCCGGGAGCGGCGCGAGCCAAGAGGACCGCCUUGCCCUGCUCAACGACGCGAAACUGAUGCUGCAUGAUUGGAAUGUCGACAGCACUGCGCGUGUGUGCGUGUCUCGGGUGUCGAUGCUUCUUCUUCUGGGGCUGUGUGGAGCUGUGGCAGCAUUGUGA